AGUAAUUCCUGCUGAGUACAGAGCCAGGAGUAAGCCCUGAACACAGGUAGGUAUGGCCCCCAAAAUAAAAAUAAAUAAAUAAAUUUCUUAGUAUAAGGAGACAUGACUCUAGAAAUCUAUUUGUUGAGAGAAAAUGAAUUUGACUUAACAGUUGCCAAAGCAUCUCAGUCUAAGUCAACUAUACUGGUAAUGGCAUUGAAACAAAAAUAUGGUGACUAAUAUUCAUCUAUUUAAAUCACCAUGUUCCUAAUAUGUAUAGAAUAAUGGCUAAUUACAAACAGGGAAAAAUAUAUGAAAAGUUUUGAUGCCUAUAUGUGAAAAGGAAAAUGUUAUAACAAAAAGUUUAUCUUGUUGAUAUAUGAAAGUGACACCAUUUACAUUUUAUUUUAAAGGUUAUUGUUCCUUUAUAACAUUAUUCCCUAUAAAUCCACAGCUGCCUUUAAGAGUCCCAAUUAUGUGCUAACAGCCAGAUCACUUGACUAUGGGCGAGGAGUGUGCUGCAGGGACCACCAGCAGCCCCUAGUUCUAUGCACUUUAAUGGGAGGGAGAGUCAGUGAGUGGCCUCAUGGCUCAUCGGACCUCAGAAUUCUACAAUCAAAGUGUCAGGUCAUCCCUGCACCCACCUGCGGUGGCUAACCCCUUCGUGCAGCAGACGAACCUGAGCAUGUGGGACUGGGUCUCCCUCAUUCUUGGGGGGACCUUGCUGGUGCCACUGCGUGUAUCCUGCAUCAGCAUCAUCAUUGUCAUCUUCCUCUGGCCACUGCUGACCUUUUCCACAGUGGGCCUCUCCAUUCAAAACAUCAAGCCCACCAAGAACUGGCGAGUGAAGAUGAUCCAGCCAGCAUUAUGGUUCUUCAUCCACCUGACUAUGUUCCUGGCAGGAUUCCUCGUGAAAGUCAAAGGGGUAAAGGCCACCUCGGACGAGGCCCGCAUCUUCGUGACAGCACCCCAUUCCUCUUUCUUUGAUGCCAUUGCCUGCUUGAAGGCUGGGAUGCCCUCGGUGGUUACUGCCAGCCAGAACAUGCGCAUCCCCCUGGUGGGGAAGAUUCUGCUGUCUUUACAACCCCUGCUUGUGACCCGAGAUGACCCCACUUCCAGAAAGCAUACCCAUGAUGAAAUCCAAAAGCGAGUGGCCCCUGACAGCAAGUGGCCACAGAUCCUGAUUUUCCCAGAAGGAGUGUGUACCAACCGCUCCUGCCUGGUCACCUUUAAGCUUGGGGCCUUCUCCCCAGGAGUCCCUGUGCAGCCAGUGCUGCUCAGGUACCCCAACUCCCUGGACACUGUAACUUGGACCUGGCAAGGAUUCACUGGAUUUCAGGCCUGUAUAUUGACCCUGUGCCGUCUCUUUACCAGGAUAGAGGUGGAAUUUAUGCCCACUUAUGUACCUAGUGACCAAGAAAGAGAAGACCCCAUCCUCUUUGCCAAUUCGGUGAGAAUCAUUAUGGCAAAUGCUCUAGGACUGCCAGUGACAGAACACACUUACGAAGACUGCAAACUGAUGAUUUCUGCGGGACACCUCCAACUCCCUAUGGAAGCCGGCUUGGUGGAAUUUACCAAGAUUAGCCGUAAAUUGAAACUAGAUUGGGAAAAAAUUCAUCAGCAUUUGGAUGAAUAUGCUGCCAUUGCAGUGGCCUCAAAUGGAGGGAAGAUACAACUUGAAGAGUUUGCAAACCACUUGAAGCUCCCUGUUUCAGAACCCUUGGCACAACUUUUUGCCCUGUUUGAUAGGAAUCGUGAUGGUUACAUAGACUUCAGAGAGUAUGUGAUUGGUCUUACUGUCCUGUGCAAUCCUUCCGACUUUGAAAGGAUUCUGAAAAUGUCAUUUUUCCUUUUUGAUCUUGAUAAGGAUGGCUUCAUAACAGAAAAGGAGUUAGGGGUUAUACUUCAGGCAGCUUUAGGAGUGCCAGAUCUUGACGUUUCUAAACUCUUUAAGGAAAUGGCUGGGCAGAACUCGCAGUACUUGUCAUACAAGACAUUUACAAAAUUUAUACGGAAGCAUCCAGCAUUUAUCAAGUUAUUUACUUUAUACUUAGACCUCCAGGCAGCCUGUGUAUAAUCUUUACCACAACAAAAGGAAUAAUUACUGUAUUAAAAUUAAAGUCAGUCCUAGGAAUGAUGAAGGCAUCUUUCAAGUAGAAAUCUUUUGAGGGAAAGCACAUUGAUUUUCAUUCAAGUGACCUGGGAGUUUCAU